AUGCGAUUCACCACAGCUGCCAUCACUGCCGUUGCGGCUCUGGCUCCUCUUGCCAGCGCUGUCGGUAAUGCGAAGGUUGUCAACAAGUGCGGUUUCCCCGUCUAUGUCUGGUCCGUUGGUGGCUCCGUUAGCCAACAGAACACUGUCGCUUCUGGCGGUACCUAUUCUGAGGUCUUGCACCAUGACCCUGCCUCUGGUGGCAUUGCCAUCAAGCUCACUACUGUCGAGAAUGGCUUGUACAAUGGAAGCCCCCAGACCAACUUUGCCUACACCCUCGACGGCCAGCAAGUCUGGUACGACUUGUCGGACGUGUUCGGUGACCCCUUCUCCAACCACGCAAUCGGCGUCAAGGCAUCGGCGAGCUGCCCCAGCAUCUGCUGGCCAUCAGGUGUUGCUACCAGUGGCGGCAGCCAAGUCAAAGUUUGCGAUGCCAACUCUGAUGUCACACUGACUCUAUGCUCGGGAACUUGCUAG